GGAAACUCAAGCAGCUGGUUCGUAUUAAGUACAAACAAUUACAUUUUUGUAUAUUUUUAAAAGAAAUGUCCAACGAGAACACUUUGGAUUUGCACUACGUACACCAAAGCUUCCAACGAAGCCUGAAAGAAGACGACGAUGUUGUCGUGGAAGCGUAUAUUGAUGGAUACAAUGAACUAGUCAAGUUCUUAAAUCUCAUCGGGUCGGUGUUCUCAUUUGUGAGCAGCGACGUAAAAAGCAAAAUUAAGGUGAUGGAUAAACAUAAGGAUGGUGAAGACGCAGUGUACUAUGAUUCUUUUAAGAAAAUGAUGAAGUACGAGAAGGAAACAAAUUUACACGAGAAAAGCGGGUUCGUCUCUGGUUCUAGGACGAUGCUGAGGCUCCACAGAGGUCUAGACUUUAUAAGACUGUUCCUCAAAAAGCUAAGCGAGUCGGACGACACAGUCAACACAUGUACAGAAUGCCAGAACGCAUACAACUCAACGUUAGCCGAGUUCCAUCCGUGGUAUAUCCGGAAAGCGGCCACACUGGCGAUGCACGCGUUGCCCAACCGGCCCGACUUACUUAAGAAGAUCUUUGGGUCAGAAGACAGCCUCACAGAGGCGCUAGCCAUCCUACCACAGACCCUCGCGUCUUGCGACGAAGUGUACGACCGCGUGCAACAGCUCUACACAGACUUUGACUUCCACGGCCUACCUUAAUGUUGCCAGGUGAAAAUAUUCGAGACAUUGCCAGAUGAAAAAGUGAUAAUUA